AUGCCUCCAGGUCGAGGACCAGCUGGAGCAUGGGGUCGACUAAAGCCUGUGGAAUUAGAUGCCCUGGAGGCCAUGGGACUCCCAUCCAAGGGAGAGACUAGGCUGCUCGAUCCCAGAACCCAGAACCAGUACUACACAGAGAUCGUGAAGCGCUACCUCACAUUCUGCUCCGAUGCUGGCGACAGGGACUCGCUGCUCGCCCAGUUCGCCUCGAUGAGCAUCGGCACCGGGAAGAAGCCACCAUCGCAGCAGUCAGAUGCCGCUGCCGCACCCACCUCGGCCACGAAACAGGCCGGUCCUAAGCUCCCGGAACCCGACGAUGCCGCCGUGGCAGCCGGGGGGCCCAAGUCCAAGGAUCUCGUCGUGGUCAUGAUGGCGCUCCGGAAGCUCCGAGAAGCCAUUGUGGCGACCAAGCGGGCCGACGACUUUGCCGUGCAGGUCUACCUCUUCAACAUCAGGCUCGCCAUCCUCGUCAAGACGCCCGAGUCCUACCACCCGGCCAUCCAGCACCUCCUCCGCCGCAUCCACCCCGUGGCGCAGCCGCUCACGAGCGUCGAGCUGCAAGAGGUCGUCGGCUACCUGGUCCUUGACGCCGCCUGCCGCCGUGGCGACCUGUCCGAGGCGCACGUAGCCCGCCUGCGGUACGGCCUGCGCGACCCCAAGGUCGACGCCGUGCUGGACGCGCUGGCCCACGACAACUAUGCCGCCUUUGCUCGGCUGAGAGGCCAGGUCGAUGGCCACAAGGCGAAGCUGAUGGAGUUUGCCGCACCAACCAUGAGGAGACAUGCGCUGUCGUGCCUGGGCCGCUCCUACCUGUCUGUCGACGUUGGAUUCUUGGAAAAGUCGGCCGGCAGGACGUGGCCCGAGCUGCAGAGGGAAGACGGCGUCGGCUGGGAGAGGGAUGGUCAGAGGGUUGUCAUACGAAAGAUGAAGGCGAAGACUUGA